CCUUCCAAUUUCUUCUUCACUCCUCAUUCUCAUCUAACAAUCUUCCCUUUCUUCUCCGAAGAGUCGCUGGCACCACCACCACCAUCGUCCCUCGUGCCCAGCUCGUGCCCGCCACCACCGCCGUCACUCCUCACUUUCUUCAAACACUGAUGUUGCUUUGGGGUUUUUUGCUUUGGGGUUGUCGACGAAAAGAAUGAUCCGUUUUCUAUGGCACCCCAAAAAGCACUUGAAAGUAUUGGAAAAACAUUGAGUGUACAGUAUGAGAGGUGGCAACCCAGGGCCCGUUAUAAAGUUCAGCUGGAUCCCACUGUGGAAGAGGUAAAAAAGCUUUGUAGUACAUGUCGCAAGUAUGCAAAGACUGAACGAGUUCUCUUCCAUUAUGUUUAAAUAUUAGUGUUGAUCCACCUGAUGUAAUUAAGAUUUCACCUUGUGCCAGAAUGGAGUGCUGGAUAGAUCCGUUUUCUAUGGCACCCCAAAAAGCACUUGAAAGUAUUGGAAAAACAUUGAGUGUACAGUAUGAGAGGUGGCAACCCAGGGCCCGUUAUAAAGUUCAGCUGGAUCCCACUGUGGAAGAGGUAAAAAAGCUUUGUAGUACAUGUCGCAAGUAUGCAAAGACUGAACGGGUUCUCUUCCAUUAUAACGGACAUGGUGUUCCAAAGCCAACAGCUAGUGGUGAAAUUUGGCUUUUUAACAAGAGUUAUACCCAGUAUAUCCCCUUACCUAUUAGUGAUCUGGAUUCAUGGUUGAAGACACCUUCCAUUUACGUGUUCGACUGUUCUGCUGCUGGGAUGAUAGUCAAUGCCUUCACUGAGCUUCACGAUCCCUCUGGAUCAACGAGGGACUGCAUUUUGCUUGCAGCAUGUGAAUCACAUGAAACUCUUCCCCAAAGAGCUGAAUUUCCUGCAGAUGUUUUUACCUCUUGCCUUACAACACCAAUCAAGAUGGCCUUGAGAUGGUUAUUCGAGCUCGGUUGCUACAGUUCAGGAAGAGGAAUGUCAAGCCCUUGCUGCAUUUGGUGCCUGUUUCCAAUAUUAAUAAUUGUUUGAAGAAGCAUUUUCGAGACCUUUAAAAUGUCGUGAUCUUUGAAUUUAUAUAAUUCUGUUUGGUUGCAGUUAAUUUUACAAGCGUGUUUUCAUUGUUGGUGGAAUCAGACUUGAAUAAUAUGGGAUUUAUGUGCUUUAAGAUAUGAAUGGGAUUUAUUGUUGCUUUAAGAUA